AUGUCGCAUAUAAGCGCCUGCGGCAACGGCAGCAACAUGGACGGCAGCCAUUGCCGAUACACCGUGGGGGCUGACUGGAAGCCUCCUGCAAAAGAUGGAAAGCUUCUUACGGGCCUGCACGUUAACAACUCAAUGACGGGUGGCAAGACGGAGUUCAUCCCGCAGGUGGGAAAUCGGGUGUCUUGGUACGCUUGUGGCCCCACAGUGUACGAUGCAGCACACAUGGGCCAUGCGCGGACAUACCUUUCAUUCGACAUUAUUCGACGGAUCCUCAGCGACUACUUUGGCUAUGACGUUUGCCUCGUGAUGAAUAUCACCGACAUUGACGAUAAAAUCAUCGCCAGGAGUCAGGAACAGGGCGUGAAUUUUCUCGAAUUGGCACGGCACUGGGAGAAAGAGUUCUUUAAAGACAUGCAGGAUCUUAAUGUCUUACUGCCUACAGUGGUAACGCGCGUUUCUGAAUACGUCCCGGAGGUGCUGCGUCUGAUAGAGGAGAUUGAGGCGAAUGGCUUUGCGUAUGAGAGCCAAGGCAGCGUUUAUUUUGACACCCAGCGAUUCAGCAAGAGCGCAAAACAUACGUAUGGCCGCAUGGAGCCUGGAUCUGUGGCAGACCAGUCUCGAGUCUUAGAAGGAGAAGGCGCUCUGGGAGUAGUCUCCUCUGAAAAGCGGCAUCCCUGCGACUUCGCUUUGUGGAAGAAGGCCAAACCUGAUGAGCCUUCGUGGGAAUCCAAGUGGGGAGCCGGACGUCCAGGGUGGCACAUCGAGUGCUCCGCGAUGGCAUCCUCGUUGCUGCCCUUCCCGUUGGACGUCCACAGUGGCGGCAUCGACCUGCGUUUCCCCCACCACGACAAUGAAUUAGCGCAGACAGAAGCCGCCAAGGACAAGCCCCAAUGGGUAAAUUACUUUUUGCACUCGGGGCACCUCCACAUCUAUGGAGCAAAAAUGUCGAAGUCUCUCAAGAACUUCGUGACGAUUAAGGAGUGCCUCGAGCAAUUCAAGCCCAGGCACAUCCGCUUUCUGUGUCUCAUGAACAGGUGGGACAGUCCAAUGAAUUACAGCCCAGACGGGGAGACCCUGCAGCAGGCGAUAGAUGUUGACAGGAGUUUCCUGAACUUCUUCUCUCUCUGCAAGGCGAAGCUGAGGGUCAACUUGCCUGCCAGCGACUUUGCGCAACGGUGGACUGAGGAAGACUUCGCGCUCAAUACGAUGCUCAGAGAAACAAAGGAGAAGGUGCGAGCGGCAUUCCUGGAUAACUUCGACACCCCAGAGGCCCUCGUGGCUCUGCAGCAUUUGGUGUCGGUAACGAACAGCUAUUUGAAUGGAAGUGCGGGGGUCAAGGCGCCUCUCAUAAGGGAGGUGGCAACUUAUGUCAUGUAUAUCCUCAGAGUCUUUGGCAUUGUUACUGGAUCGGAUGAAGGACUCGACUAUGAGGCGCAGAGCGAGUCGAACGCAGCAGUGGAGGCCCUCAUGCAAUGCGUUGGGGAGUUCAGGGAGAAGGUCCGCUGUGCCUCUACGUCUGGCUUGCGAGGCUCGAGUCCGAAGAAGGAUGUGAGCGAGGGCAAUAGCGGCGAGGCCUCCCUACCAGACCACGCUGCAGUGUUUAGGGAACUUUUGGGGCUUUGCGACAAGCUGAGAGACAAGGCCUUGCCGGAAAUCGGUAUCGUCUUGCAAGACAGACCCGAUGGCACUUUCACAUUCAGAGUCUCAACCAAGGAGGAAGUGGCGAAGGAGUUGCGCCUAAAGAAGGAAGAGGAACAAAAGCGAGAAGCUGCGAAGCAAGAGGAGCAGAGAAGACUCGCUGAGGCCCAAGCGAAGAAAGAGCGCGAGGGGUCGAUACCCCCCUCCGAGUACUUCAGAACGCUUCAUGGGGAGCAGUAUGGAUCGUAUGAUGAUGAGGGACUGCCGCUGACUCUGAAAGACGGAACGGAGCUGUCAAAGAGCCAGAGAAAGAAUCUCAGCAAGCUGCUAGAGAAGCACAAGAAGGUCUACGAGAAGCUGCAGGAAGCUAAAAACUAA